UUCUAAAAGAAAUUUCCAAAGCUGAAAAACGAGGAGGUUAUUUUCAUUUUCAGGAGCAGAGAAAAAAAGAUUACUCAAAAAAACGGCAGAGAUUCUGAGGAGGACAAUGGCCGCCGCGAAAUCACUGCAAAAGAUGACGAUCCAAGCUCGAGUGGUUCGAACCGCGCUGGGCUCUCUCUCAAGAAGCUUCUCUUCAGAUGCAUUGAUGGAGGUCAAGCCAGGCGAGGUCGGCGCUGUUUCUGGAAUCCCUGAAGAACAUCUUCGUAGGAGGGUUGUAAUAUACUCGCCCGCAAGAACUGCAACUCAACAAGGAUCUGGGAAGGUUGGAAAGUGGAAGAUCAAUUUUAUGUCAACACAAAAGUGGGAGAACCCAUUGAUGGGUUGGACAUCCACAGGGGACCCUUAUGCUAAUGUUGGUGAUUCCGCACUCAGUUUUGAUAGUGAAGAAGCUGCUAAGUCUUUUGCUGAGAAACAUGGAUGGGAAUGUGUGGUUAAAAAGCACCAGACACCAGUGCUUAAGGCCAAGUCAUAUGCAGACAACUUCAAGUGGAAGGGACCUGCCAUAUCCAAAGACUGAUUCUAUAAUCUUGCAGAUCCUUUUGCUUUUUUUCUACCAUAAUUCAAGUGGCACAAC